AUGGCUGCAAUAUCAUGUUCCUAUGCAUUCUCCUAUGAUGUGUUCCUCAGCUUUAGAGGCUCAGAUACACGCCAUGGUUUUGUUGGCAAUCUCUAUAAAGCACUUCAUGACAAGGGAAUUCACACUUUCAUUGAUGAUGAGAAGCUUCAGAGAGGAGAGGAAAUAACUCCUACACUUAUGAAGGCAAUUGAAGAGUCCAGAAUUGCCAUCACUGUGCUCUCUCACAACUAUGCUUCCUCAUCGUUUUGUUUAGAUGAACUUGUUAAUAUCGUUGACUGUGUCAAGAAGAAAGGUUUGUUGGUUUUGCCUGUUUUUUAUGACUUAGAUCCUUCUGAUGUGAGACACCACAAAGGUAGUUAUGGAGAAGCAUUGACAAGACAUGAGGAAAGAUUCAAAGCUAAGAAGGAGAAUUUCAACCCUAACAUGGAGAGGUUAGAGAAAUGGAAGAUGGCUUUGCAUCAAGUAGCUAACUUGUCUGGCUAUCAUUUCAAACAUGGGUACCCCAUCUUACCAAUCAUUUAA